CGACAGCCGGAGCCUCCGGGAACCGCCGUGUCUGCCUGACCUCUCACCCCAUCUCGUCCCGAUCUGCAGCAGGAAGUACUAAAAGUGAAGAUUACUGGAAUGGGUUCAGAGCACCCGUGAGUCUGUGCAGCGUUUGGACAGUCACUUCGGUGCACAAUGAACUGGGCGUUCCUCCAGGGCCUCCUCAGCGGGGUCAACAAGUACUCCACUGCAUUCGGCCGCAUCUGGCUCUCCGUGGUCUUCAUCUUCCGGGUAUUGGUGUUCGUGGUGGCGGCAGAGAAGGUGUGGAGCGACGAGCAGAGCAACUUCAAGUGCAACACGCUACAGCCUGGCUGCCUCAAUGUCUGCUACGACGAGUUCUUCCCAGUGCUCCACACGCGUCUGUGGGCCCUGCAGCUCAUCUUUGUCACCUGUCCCUCGCUGCUGGUGGUCCUGCACGUGGCGUACCGCAUGGACCGCGAGCACAAGCACACGCUCAAGUACGGCGAGGGCUGCACCCACCUCUACGCCGAUGCCAACAAGAAGCGCGGCGGCCUGUGGUGGACCUACCUCCUGAGCCUCGUCUUUAAGGUAGCGGUGGACGCCGUCUUCAUUUUCCUGGUCUGGUACAUCUACAAGGUCAAGUUCUUCCCCCUGCUGGUCGUGUGUAACGAGAGUCCCUGCCCUCCCAAUGUUCACUGCUACAUCUCCAGACCCACAGAGAAACGCAUCUUCACCAUCUUCAUGGUAGUCACCAGCUUCAUUUGCAUCCUGCUAACCCUCUGUGAGAUCGUUUACCUGGUGGGAAAACGCUGCUUCGAGUGCCUCUCGAAAAAUCGACGCAGGCGUCCCUUCAUCAUGCCCAUCUUCCCAGCCAGCAAGGAAAACAAACACUUCGAGUCCCAGCAGCUGAAGGUUGCCAACCACAACGAAGUCGAGGCCUCAGCUCCUGUGUAUAACACAGCUGUCACCAAACUUUAGCCAGUGACUUUCGGAACGAUUCUAAGCCAGCUCAAGGGUUCUGUCUACAACAGUCAAGGGAUGAGAUCCUUGAUUGUUGCCCUGUUUUGUUAUGUCUAUAAAGCCAACUAGUCUUCUCAGAAUAACAGUGGAGAUAAAACAAUGGUCCUGUAUGAGAAUGGUAUGAAUGAUCACUGAUUUAUCGCUUUGUAUAGGGUUUCGUAUGUAGUGUCACUCUUCAGUUUUUUUUUCAUACAUAACAUAAUUGAGUUUUUCCUCAGAAGCUACAUAGGCCAUUAGGCUAUUUGUAGGAUAUUUUUCACCGUGACCCUGACUUGGAUAAGCAGAACAGAAAAUGGAUGGAUUCCACAUUUGAUUAUUUGUUUUAAUUUAAUUUUCAUUUCAUAUAAUAAUAUGAUUUCCUGUGACUCUCCUGAAUGUUAACUGCUGUUUAACCAGUAGCCAUUUGUAUUAGAUCAAAUCUACAAAUAAAACUUGCAGUUAGGCUUCUUUCAGCACCACAAUCUCUUCCUCUACAGCCUUUAAAAGACUGCAGCACAGCACCAGCACAGCACCAGAACUAACCACCAGCAGCUGCUUUUCUUACUGUACUGUUGUACACGUGUGUUUUGUGUUGUUUUGUAAUUAUUUUCAUUUUCUAUUCCUUCAUAAGAUCUAGACAAUGGCUGACAAUUGCUGGCAAACGAUUUACAUUAACUGUACUUUCCCAAGGUUUCGUCUUUCUAGGGAGUGUUUCCUUGCCACUGUCGCCUCUGGCUUGCUCACUGGGGGCUUUGGGCGGGGCCAAUAAAAAGGGCUUUGAGACAAUGUAAUGUUGAGAAAAUGCACGACAUAAAUAAA